UGCACGCGGUGUGUAGGCGGGACGGCAACAAAACGUCCAGCGGGAGAUGCUAUUCCGUCUGGCUUGAGGAGCUCGCCUAAUAAUAAUCGCGAUGGAGGAGUUCUGACCACCUUUCACGGAUUGAGGAAUACUCCGAAAAAUUUGAGGAUGUCCCGCUUUGCUUAUCCGCGUCACUGCUCCAUCCACUUCCGCCUGUGCCCUCUGAAAGAUGCUAGAACUUCGCCGUUACACUUUGAUGACCUCAUAUCCAAUUUGAGUGGUUCGAGUCAGGCGACUGGCAGCAGUGACAGCACCACUGGAGAUUCGAAACAGAACUUCGUGGCCGUGACUCAACUCGAAGAUGAGCAAGCGAUACGGGCAGUCGAAUUCCACCCAUCCGGCAAAUUCUACGCCGUCGGAUCCAACACGAAAAUGCUUCGGAUAUGCGCCUAUCCAAACUGCAAGGACAUCAGGCCCGAUCAUGAGCCGAGGGAACCUGUGGUACUGUACAAAAGACAGAAGCACCACAAGGGUUCCAUCUACUGCAUGGCCUGGAAUGCUACCGGGGAUCUACUUGCGACGGGGUCCAACGACAAAACAGUCAAACUCCUGAGGUUCAACUCUUCCUCUUGUCAGUUGGAAGACAUCGCUCAUCCCUUGACAAUGCACGGUGGCACAGUCCGCGAUAUGUGUUUCAUGGAAGACAUAAGCAACAGGUCCAACAUUCUCAUCAGCGGCGGAUCUGGUGACAACAAAAUUUACAUUACAGAUUGCGAAACAGCCAUGCCAUUUCAGUCUCUUACCGGGCAUACAGGUCAGAUUUUGUCGCUGUACACGUGGGGCGGCGUGAUGUUCGUCAGCAGUUCUCAGGACAAGACAAUCCGCUUUUGGGACAUGAGGACGCGGGGAUGCGUCAAUCUCAUUCCUGCACGGCCCGCCGGAGGCACGGGUCCUGGUAGUGCAGCUGCCACCGUGUCCGUGGACCCGUCUGGUCGUUUGUUGGUGUCAGGCCACGAUGAUUCUAGUUGUAUGCUGUACGACAUGAAGGGCAGCAGGAUAUUGCAGACUUUCAAGCCUCAUACUGCUGACGUAAAGACAGCCAGACUCUCCCCCAAGGCUUUCUAUUUGCUGACGGGGUCCUACGACUGCAAACUGAUGCUCACUGAUCUGCAAGGUGAUUUAACACAGCCUCUAGCAACUGUUCGUGUAGCAGAACAUGCCGACAAGGUCAUACAAGGACGAUGGCAUCCCCACGAGUUUACGUUCCUUUCUACGAGUGCUGACAAAACGGCCACUUUGUGGGCAUUACCUCAGACAUGAUACGGACUUUUUCAUGUGACGUCACACCAGCCUCAUUUUCCGACCUCUGCUUUUUUAGAAUUUCACCGACAUUUCAUAGGACUAAUUAGAUGCGCCUUAAACCGCGGCGGGAAACAUUGUGAUUGUAAAAUAUCUUUGUAUAUUUGUACUUAGAAAAUAACAUAAGGGGAAAUUGUUAAUUUCUCCGACUGUGGUACAUGUUUUUUGUAACAUUUUUAGUGAAGCACUUAGUUAUUGAAGAGGGUGUUAACUAUUGUUCAUGUGACGGUGAAUGAUAUGUUGGAAUUCCCUCUUCUGCAAAAAAUGAAUAAAUAGAAGAUUUUUUUUUUGUAAUUUUUUUUUCACAACCUUAGUUUUUUAAGUUAGCGCCGAUGAUGAAUUAUAUUUUUGAAGGUUCUUUGAUAUUUAUAUCAAACGGUUAUUAAUUUUAAUACUUGUUUAGUUUUUAGAAUUUAAACACUUCAUUGUUUCAGUAAGUUACCGCCUUAUAGCUAGGGCUAAAUGAAUGUCACUUUUGUUUUAAAGUCGUAACAUUUUUCCACUCAUUCUGUAAAAUAAAUAUAAAUUUAUUAUUAUUCACAGUAAAAGUAUUAAAAUUCUUAUACAAUUAAUGUGUAUCAAUUGAAAAAAAAAAUCCCAGUUUUAUUCAUUAUUUUUUUCCGAUAUCAAAGUAGCGUUUUCGAAGCAAUUUAUAAAACAGAAAAAACACUAAUCACCGUGAAUUUCAAUUUGCAUUUUGUAGAGGGAAAGGGGGGAAAAGGCGAUUGCUCUCACAAAUGUUUGAAGCUGCUUCUGCUUCCAGCAUAAAAAAUACCGCCAGGGGCGCAUCGAUGGGUGGUCACGGGAGAUCACCGUGUCGUUGAUAUGUUAAAUAUGUCCUUAUUCGGCAAAAUUUGCUGACGACUUGACAAAUUUGAAGACAGUAUUGCAACACUGAGAUUUUUUUUUUUUUAAUUUUUUAAACUGGAACUUUCGGGGCGCCCAUACCGCAAAGUUUUAACUCAGAAAAGAGUGAAAUCUAAUAAUCCAUAACAGUUACGAGUUUUUUUUUUUUUUUUUUUUUUUACUAAAUGAACUACACUGUAUAAAAAUUAAAAAAAAAAAAAAAAAAAAGCGAAAAUCUCUAUUAAACUGGGAUUCUGUAAACAUUUCUAGAAAUGACACCACCUUUUUGAGUAAAAUUCAUAAGAUUACUAAAGGAGAAACUAUACCGUUUCUAGAAAACUUUACGGAAAUCUAGUUCCUUCCCGCCCAUUGACAUCAUUUGUAAACGACCCCUUAAACGUUUCGGUUUUAAAUUUUUCAGAACAAUUUCUUCGGAUGAAAUUGAAUAUUCUGAAAGAGUGGACGUAGCUGAGUGCUUUUUUUUUUUUUUUUUGGAGGCAGCUGUAAAACAUAGGAUGACUUAUUUUCAUUUUCACCAUUGCUUCUGCUCGUGUUAUGUUUCAUAAUCAUCGAAUUGACUUAACACUGUGAUAAGAAGAACAUUUAGAACGGUGUAUUGUUUUCAGUUUAAUAGGCAUAAGAAUACCGUUUACUAUAGUCUAUGUAACAAGAAACGGCGUGUCAGGGGGGGCAGGUUUCCCACUCUCCACUCCUUUUCCCUUCUGAUAGUCAAGGUUACGUCACUCUGAAUUUUUUCUCCAAGUUGCUUCUGCAACACAUAGCAUUUGCACAGGUAAGGUGGGAAGAGUCCAUUGUGCCGAAACCAUGACAACCAGAAGGGGAAAAUGGUGGAGAGUAGGAAAGUUAUUUGGCCUUGACACGCCAAUUCUCGUUACAUAGACUAUAACUUUUUUAAGGCAGUAAAAGAAUUUGAUAGGCCGUUUUGAUGCCGCCUUUUAACUGACUUAAAUAGCAGAUAAAAGAAUAUUGAGAAUUCUUUUCACUUAUUAUAUACUAAGCAGUUAGCUAAUGAUCAAAAGAGAUGAAAUGUUCGAAUAUUAUUUUUAGGCAAAGUAUCUUUGGCGAUUUUUUUUUUUUACCUCAGUCUCUAAAGAUGAUGCUAAGAGCUUUAAAAAAAGACAUUGUUUGAUUUUCUGGAUUCUUAUCACAUUUGGCAUUCCAAGUACUAUAAUCUAUGGUUUUUAAUCUAGGUCAAAUUUGUAAAUAUCCCAAGAUCGUUACUACUGUGCAAAAUAUUACACGUAUUACGAGGUUAGAAGCAACAUCUUUACCAAUGCAUAAAAGUUUGAGCAUGCUCCGCGAUAUAAGUAUGCGGAGGGAAACUUAUUGUGCGAAAAAACAAAAUGGCGAAUUAACGUACUCUGGCAUUGAGCAGUUGUUGGUGUAAUCUUCAUUUUAACUUGAAAUUGGAAUGCAGAAUCAUGUUCAGUUUUUAGUCAGAAUGUUGAUUAUCCUUCAAACUAGUCUUGUCUAUUAUUUGAUAAGAACACUGAAAAUAAAAGUUUCAUUCCUGAAGUUUCCAUCCAUUCGUCGAUAAAGAAGAUCCUUGUGAACCUCGAGACCCUGUCUAUAGUAAUGCAGCCGGGGGGUGGGGGGGGGAGCCUCAUACUCCUAAAUUUUAACACAGAUAUCGCGAAUCCUAAUAUGGUAAUUUUCUUAUGUAAGAACGGCUGAGACACCCCCCAGAAGGUAAAAUCUGAUUGCGCGAGUGCGUGCAAAGAACAUAUUUUGGAAGUUGGUGCGAUAUACAGUUGUUUCUCAGGCAUAGAAAAUGGUAAACUUUCUAUUCUUAUUAUUAAUAGUUUUUUAUACUGUUGUCAUGGCAGCUAAUAAGAAAUAUGGUUGUACUGAAUACAUUCCUAAAUAGUGUCAACAGCUCAGUUGUAUGCAAUAUUUAUCAAUAUAAUGUCAACUGUUUAAGUAUUAAUCUUGACAAAAGUUGUACUUCUAUAUUUUAGUGAUUAAAGCAGUAAAAAUGAAAAAUAAAAAACAAAUCAUUUCUUGGAGUUCAAAAUAAUUUAUAUAUCGAUUACUUGUUUCGAUUUAAAAAUCAUAAAAUUUUUUUUUUUUUAAAUGUAACUAACUUUUCUUACUAGCAACCUAAAAAAAAAUAAUAAUAGUAAAAUUGCAUUCGCGUCAUUAAAAAUUCAUUAAUAAUCUGGUUAAUGAUUUCAAAAAAUACUAAAUUCAUUUUACUAGGCAAUGCAUUUAGCUGUGCAGCAGAAAAAAUAAUCUGCUGUGUACACUGUAAAUACCUCAAAAUAAUUUAGUGUCUUUUAGUAACACGAUUGGAUUUGUAGAUUAAUACUGUUUCAAGGGUUUUUUUUUUUUUUUUUGUAUUAUAUGUCAUGUAAAAUGUUAAUAAAACUAUAUUCAACUUUUA